AUGUAUAGGUAUUUUUCUGGAGAAGUUUCAAUGAGAUCAAUUUCAUAUUAUUUUUUGAGAGGUGAAACGACCGUUCGUAAUAUUAUAGAAACUACAUCCAAAGCCCUAUGGGCAGUGGCAAUUUUUAAUUACAGUAUUAGAUUAUCCAGAGGUCGUAAGUCAGUUGAGUGUGCGUUUGGAAUGAUGGUAUCUAAAUUUAAAAUAUUGGAACGACCCAUCAAUUUUAAAACUGAAAAAAUUGAAAUAGUGAUAAAACUGAUAAAAGCUAUAUGCGUUUUGCAUAACUUGAUUCUUGUGCAUGAUGGUACGCACUCAAUUCCACAAGGAAUUCAGGAAGAUAAUAUCGACUUGUUAUAUGAAGAUACUGAGGGAAAUAUAGAAAACAAUAGAACGAGACCUUCUUACUCAGCGAUGGAAAUAAGGGAAAGACUUUGCCAGUAUUUUGUGAAACCAUACGCAGCAUUGCCUUGGCAAAAUAAGUAUACAAUUUAA